AUGGAGAAAUUAACUCAAUUCGUGUCUAAGUCUUUCGAAAAUAAUAAUAAUAAUGAUACGUUGACCGAUCAGUGUAUGACCGUUGAAGUUCAGAAGUCUUCAGUAAGCCCACCUAUCAAAACCGAAAAGGAGUUGGCAAGUGACGAUGCCAAAAAACCUAAGAACUGGCUCAUUUCUGAUAUAGAAAGAACUUCAGAAAAUUCUUCAUCGAUAGAGCUGACAAUCUCCAGAGGCGACCCAUCCACCAUCAACCAUUCUACAUCCGUGAAAUCAUCGACUAAACAGCGAAGAUCCCGGACCAACUUCACCCUGGAACAACUAAAUGAAUUAGAAAGGCUCUUCGAUGAGACUCAUUAUCCUGAUGCCUUCAUGAGGGAAGAGUUAAGCCAGCGACUGGGAUUAAGCGAGGCACGAGUACAGGUCUGGUUCCAAAAUCGGAGAGCUAAAUGUAGGAAACAUGAAAAUCAAAUGCAGAAAGGUGUUAUGUUGAAUAAUCACAGCCCCCCAUCUAGCACUCCAUUGGAACCUUGUCGAGUAGUACCCUACAUGAAUGUGCCUGCUCUAAGAGGUCUCUCACUAACCUCCGGAUCCGUGGCCCUCACCAACUACGAAAGGCUAUCUGCUGUCCCAUUCACACAACAAGGAACUGCUUUCUCAGCCAUAAACUCAGCUUUUAUAUCUGCAGCCCACCAGUAUGCUGCAGCAGCAGUGGCAGUAGGAGGCGGUUCAGCAGCAGCAGCUGCUGCCAGUAUCUUGUGCCAUCCGCAGUACCCACUAGAAUUCGCAGCCUUAGCAGUAGCACACAAAAACUCCAGUAUCGCUGACCUGAGGCUCAAAGCGAAAAAACACACGGAAGCACUAGGUUUGAUCCCACGAGAGAAACAACUUUAA